CAAAAUACAUCUCCAAAUUCAGGUAGUAGCUAAUCUAGUGGAAAUGGCCGAUGCUAUGAUUUCAGCUGUUGUGGAGAGAGUUGCAGCUAUAAUCGAAGAUCAGAUUCAGUAUGAAGUCAAUUUGGUGAGAGGUGUAGAGAAGGAGCUUCUCGAUCUUUCCAGGAAGCUCGAGAUGAUCAGAAAGGUGUUGGAUGAUGCAGAAAGUAGAGGAGUGAAGGAUCAAAGCGUCAAAAGUUGGUUAAAGAAGCUAGAAGCAACGGCUUAUGAGAUGGACGACAUUUUAGAUGAAUGGAACUACUCUCUUCUCAAGCAUAAGAUGGAAGCUUCUGUUGAGCCUGAGCCUGAGCCUGAGCCUGAAAACAAGGUAUGUUGCUCCUUCAUCCCAUCUUCGCAUAUAUGUUUCAACAAAGUCUCUGUUCGUCGCGGAACUGCCAAGAAAGUAGAACAUGUAAAAGCCACACUUGAUCAGAUUUUAAGAGAAAAAGAUGAUUUUAAUUUUAUCAUCUCUCUGCCUGCGCCUAAUCUUGUGCCUGCACCGUGGCGAGAACAAUCCACGCAUUUGAUUGACUUGAAGAAAGUUCAUGGGUUGACCAUAUAUAGGAAAAAGGAUGUCAUAGUGAGGAAUAUGAUGCUUAGUGGUAGCUCUACCAAAAUUCUGUCUAUAGUUGGGACAGGGGGACUUGGGAAAACAACUCUUGCCAAACUUGUUUAUAACGAUACUCAAGUGAAGGGUUGUUACGAGUUAAGAAUAUGGAUUUGUGUUUCUGAUCCCUUUGAUGUGGUUAGGAUUGCCAGUGGGAUUGUUGAUAGUGUGGGAUCAGAAACAAUUCCUCCAAAUACCGACCAAUUGGCAUUGGUAUUACAGAAACUAGGAGCAUCCGUUUUAGGAAAAAAGUUUCUUCUUGUCCUUGAUGAUGUUUGGAUAGAAGAUGAAAGCAAAUGGAAGGACCUGAAAAUAAGUCUCCAAUGUGGUGCAGCAGGCAGCAAAGUUCUGGUGACAACAAGAAAUGAAAGGGUAGCUAAGAUGAUGGGUACCUUAGGCGAUGAUAUGUAUCAUCCAAAUAAGCUUAGUCAAGAAGAGUGUUGGUCAUUAUUGCGGGACACAUCCCUUCCAGAAAAGAGUGAGGUGGAAUGUCAAAAUUUUGAGGAUAUUGGCAAGAAGAUAGCUAACAAGUGCAAUGGAUUGCCUCUUGCUGCAAUUGUUUUGGGAAGACUUUUACAGUACAAGGAUUUGGAAGGGUGGAAACAAGUAGAGAAUAGUGAAAUAUGGAAAUUGGAGAAGAUAGAAUUCGAGCUUUUUCCUCAUUUGGUUUAAAGCUACAAUGAGCUGUCCCCAACUCUAAAGCGUUGUUUUUCAUACUGUGCCUUUUAUGCUAAAGAUCACCGAAUUCAUGCGAAGACUCUAAUAGAACAAUGGAUGGCGAUAGGUUAUCUUGGCUCUGAUAGUGGAAAUGGUGAAGUGGAACUCAAAGGGCAAGAGUAUUUGAAUAAUUUAGCAAUGCGUUCUUUGUUUCAAGACGUUGAGGAAAGUGAGUCAGGGGAACCUAUAGAAUGGUGUAAAAUGCAUGAUAUAGUACAUGAUUUUGCUCUAUUUCUUAGGAAGAAUGAUAAGAAAGAGGGAAGUUGUCAAGCUUGUGAUUCUUCGUUGGUUUCUCAUGUCCAAGAAUAUCGUAGUGUAUUGUGGCAGAUACCUUCUCUUGAGGGGAGAAAGAAAAGUUGUAAAGUUUGUGAUUGCUUAAAAAGUGUUAGGGUGUUAAGAAUUAGGAGUGAAGCUCUUCCGAAGGGAAUGGAAAAGUUGAUUCACUUGAGAUGGUUGGACGUUAGUUACAUUGCAAUGUCAAAGGAUGGCCUCGAAAUCAUAUGUAGGCUUCAUUUCUUGCAAACUCUUCUCUUAUCAUGGUGCAAGCUAACAGAGAUUCCACGAGAAAUUGGGAAUUUGGUGCAGUUAAGACGACUUGACUUAAGUCGGAAUAACGCAUUGGCCAAGUUACCUGAGAGCAUGUAUAAAUUGGUUGAAUUGCGAACUCUUUCUUUAGCACACUGCUCUCUAGAAGGGAUUCAGGAAGGAUUUGGGGCAUUGGUUGAGUUAAGACAAUUUGACUUGAGUUGGAACAGGGAAUUAAAGGAGUUACCAAAUAGCAUUGUUAGUUUGGCUAAACUACAAAUCUUGAAUCUUGAAGGCACUGGUAUCAUGACACAGCUCCCAGUAGUCAUGAGCCCAACCUAUCAGCCUAAGACACGCUGAGACAGUCCAGAAGCAGCCUCAGAACCUGCAUAUCAUAUCCAUUAGAUUUUUAUUCCAUUAAAUGUAACAAGAGUCGAGCGUAUUAUAAGCUCAUUUUCGUUUUCUUUAUCGGUUCUUUCCCGGAUUGCAAAAAUAUGGUUCUUAUCUAUUGAAUCUCUUGUAAUGCAAGAAACUAGCAUUAUGUUAUCAAAUCUCUAUCUCUCAAACUCAUAGAAAUUGAGGAUGUCUCAAGUCUCGUUAGAGAUAUGCAGCAAUAUUUAGAGGGAGAGUUAGGUAGGUUUUGAGUAUAUUUUGUAAAAAAAAUUACGCAUGCACAAAAUCAUACCAAAUCAAAAUUUAAUCAUAAGGAUAUCCCUUCAAAUUUGAGACCUGCAGAAUUUAUAAGCCUGUCAACAUAUGUUGAUUAUUUUG